AUUCGUUGCUGAGCCCAUGGUCACCAUGAAAUUGUGGUGUCCCAUGCCGAGGUCGGAACGUGAAUUAUUAGUUGCGGCUCUUCUACGUCACUGUCUAUCGCCCACCCUACAGCCGAUUCAGCGUGUCGCUCGGUCAUUGGCCUAGAAGAGAUCGGUGUCCACUGCUCCGCCAAGCGCUGCCAAAGCAUGGCUCGCGAAAGUGUCCUAGUGAUCCCAGCGAGAGAGAAUUGAAAGGGGACACACCACAGCAAAGGUUUCUUGGUGACCCUAUGGCCGUCAAGCAAGAUGUGCAGCGUCAAGCGGACACUGCCAGCGAUUCUUGCUGUUGAACCAGCAGUCUUGAUGAUGGCCAUCUGCAGCAGCAUCGCUGUCGCACGCGCGGCAACGGGAUAACAGCGGAUUUUCCUUCUGUCCAUGCAUCCUUCAGAUGCAUGCCACGAAGUUGGAACUAUGCUGUUCAGCUUUGACCAAAAUUAGCGACUAGCUCAACGUCUCAUGGCUAUCUCCUGCAGCUUCUUCUAGAACGUUAUCGUUUUCAUAAGCCCAGGAGGCCAUUAGAUCUGCCUCCACCUCCUGGUCUACAGACGCAUCGCAGCCUUCCUCCUUUUUGCUCAAUAUGACACAAGCGUGAACAAAGGCACAUCGCAGGCGACCGAGGGCGCGUCUGGAACAUAGCAAGCCAAGAUCGCGUUCGGUUUCGACAGGGUCUUCCAGGCAGAGUCGGACGUUGUUUUGUCGAGACCAGCUCUUACUAGUCUUUGACAUGACUUCUUUCCUUCGUAGGCAAACAACAGUGUGUUCGUAGUCGAACUCGCAAGUGUAGAAGCGGAAAAACCCACGUCGAAGUGCCUUCCAAUCCUGAAGGUUUUUAGUCAAAUGGGUAACUACAAUUUGGGUACAUUACCAUACUUACCCAAUUUGCUUUUGUGACGCUCGAAAAAAUCGGUGGGCUAGAGCAUGUUGAGGAGGACCAUGGCUGCUCUUCCUCCUGUAACUCGCUUGUCCAUCGCGCCGAUGGUACGUUGUUGCUUGAUGAUCAUGCACUCUUGGUAUCGGCGCUGGUGAUUACCGUGCGUUGCCGCAGAUGGACUGGACCGACCGCCAUUACCGCUUCAUGAUGCGCAUGAUCACCAAGGAAACGCUGCUGUUCACCGAGAUGGUGGUGGACCAAACUUUGCUGCACCAGAAGAAGAACCUCGACUACUUUCUGGGCCACGACCCUGUCGAAGCGCCACUUGCACUGCAGCUUGGCGGCAAUAGUGUUGAAGACCUCGGUGCCGCUGCGCAUCUGAGCCAAUCGUACGGUGGCUUCUGUGAGAUCAACCUGAACACUGGAUGUCCAAGCGCGCUCGUGUCCAGUCGCUGCUUCGGAGCUCGCCUAAUGCUGGAGCCGGAACGUGUGCGGGACAUUUGUGACAGUAUGCGGCGCAACGUCGUGCUGGCAGCGGAGGAGAAACCAGAUCGUCCGGCGGCGGAGGUGACAGUAAAAUGCCGCAUUGGCGUGGACGACUGCGACAGCUACGAGGAGCUGCAUCACUACGUGGCCACUGUAGCUAGUGCGGGUGUUCGCCACAUCAUUGUGCACGCCCGCAAGUGUCUGCUAAAGGGUUUGAGUACUAAGGACAACCGCACCAUCCCGCCGCUGCGCUAUGAGGUCGUGUACAGGCUGAAGCAGGACUUCCCCGAGCUGUCCUUCACACUCAAUGGCGGCGUGCAGAGCAUCCAGCAUGCGAGAGAGCUACUGGACACCACAAAUGUGGACGGUAUUAUGAUUGGGCGGGCGGCGUACAACACGCCCUGGAACUUCCGCGACGCGGACAGACUGAUCUUCAACGCUGAGCGCAACCCGAAUCUAUCGCGACGGGAGAUCAUCGAGCUGUAUCUGGAGUACGCUGAGGAUCUUCAAGCGAAGUGGGGGUCUACCGAACCGCUAAGUGACUCCCCAUACACAAUGGCCACGUCCGCGCUGAUGAAGCCGCUGCUGGCCCUCUUCAAGUACGUAAAAGAAUCAUGUUCUUUUUCUUCAUCUUCGAGUUGCUAUGACACACAGACCAACUAACGUGAAUUACUGCAUCCCAGUGGUGAGUUUGGCGGCAAGGCGUUCAAGCGCGAGAUUUCAGCGCAAUGGGCGAAGAAGGGCCCACGACCUGAGCUGCGCGAGAUGAUCGAAAACGCCAUGAAGGUGCUUCCAGACGAAGUGCUCGACGCGCGCGUUGAGGACGAACUUGUCCAGCAGCAGGCUGAAGAAGCAAGUUGCAGCUAAGCAGAGGUGGAGAGCAACACAAUAUACCAUACAAUAGACUGCAUCGUUUUCCCGCAA